AUGUCUGCCGGAUACUUUCCAAAACGAGAGAAGGUUGGUCUUGAGGACCUUUUCAAAGGCCUAGUCACUGCCUGUCACAUCCUCGACCACAAUGGCAUCUUCGAUGCUUAUGGCCAUAUCUCUGUCCGGUCGCCCGACAAUCCCGCGACGUUCUGGAUGCCUUGCAAUAUGCCGCCAGCGUUGGUCAGCUCGCAAGACGAUCUGGUCGAAUACAACGUCGAUGGCGCCGAAGCGGUCGAGAAGGACGCGAAACCAGGUUAUCUAGAGCGACACAUCCACAGCGAGAUAUACAAGAGGUUUCCGGCCAUCAACAGUGUGGUGCAUAGCCAUGCCGGCGAUGUUCUGCCGUACUGCGUUAGUGGUGUGCCUCUAAAGAACACAAUACACAUGGCUGGCUUCUUGGGUACCAAUGUGCCAGUCUGGGAUGCCUCGAACAGCUACCCCUCCGGUUCGAAGCACGAUCUGCUCGUUCGCGACAGCACGCUCGGCGCCUCUCUUGCAGCUGCGUUCAAACCAGCCACGUCGACCGGCUUCAUCUACUCCAAAGUACGCUCCGCUCUACCCUCGCAGCUCGGUGGUUCAUCUGCAGAGCCAAAGAUGGAACCCGAUCACGCUGUCGUUCUGCUACAAGGCCACGGCUUCACAACCGUCGCGCAUGGGAUCGAGGAAGCUGUCUACCAAGCAAUAUAUACGAAGGAGGCAGCCAAGGCGCAGACAACCGCUAUGACGGUCCUGAAUGCGCAUACAGGCUAUGCACUCGAGGGCAAGGUCGACGUUGAAGCCGGUGGCAAAAUCAAGUCGGGACAUGCGAAGGUUGAGGGCGGCAAUCUAAAGUAUCUGAGCGACAGGGAAUGCCACGAUGCCUGGGAGUCACUUUCAGGCACUUUGACCAGACCUUGGGCGCUCUGGUGCCGACAGGUGGAAGUUGACCCUUUGUACAGGAAUGAGUGCUUAGGCGGCGAUGAUUGA